AUCAAAAUUUACCAAAAAUAAUUGACGAGCAUCUUGUUUUGUUGAACGGUAUUUUAAGUGUUUUUACAAAAAGAUAGCAGAAUGCUAGGAGGAUUUCCGUUGAAGGUGGAGGUGGAAUCAGUGCAUUGGGAGGACCAGAAUUCAGGAUACAGUUUUCUAGCAGCGGCAGAUAGUCUCAGAUCAACCUCAAUCCUCUCCCCCUCAUCCCUGGGUACUGGCACUAUACUUUCCUCCCCUCUUGUUAAUGGAGCUAUUAUAUCACCUUCACCUCUCGGAGGGAGAAUGAGAGGGAUAUGUGAAUACGAAGACAGAGCUCGCCCUCAGCCACUCAGCAGGCUCAUAUCACCUGUCACUCAGCGCUGGUUAUCAGAAAAUUACGAGGUAUCAGAAGGGUGCAGUGUACCCCGGAACGUUAUCUACGAACACUACCUGGACUUCUGUGUGAGAAACAGCGUGCAGCCUGUUAAUGCUGCUAGUUUCGGCAAGAUUAUUCGACAACAUUUCCCGACCCUCAAAACUCGGAGAUUAGGAUCUAGAGGCCAAUCUAAGUACCACUACUACGGGCUAGCGAUAAAGGAGACCUCCCAGUAUCACAUGAACGACUACACUUACAGCUCCCCCGCCAGAACCCAACCCCUUAAAUCUAACAUCGUAUCUCCCGUGAAACCAGUUCCAGCAGAUGUGCUUGCGUCACUACUGCCAGACUUCCCCAAAUCAGACGUCCUCAAAAUACCAAAACAGGCAAAGAUUGCGCACAUAACCACAUUUUUAGAGCAGUACAGGAUCUACUCCCACAAUGUUCUGGAAGUUAUAGUGAAGGCCGCAUUCUCAGAGGUUGAACCACUGUUGAUGAAAUUCUGGGGUAGCUUCUCAGACGAGGUGCUCUCUUCACUUAACCUCUUCUCUGAUGUUGUUGCUUACUGCGAUAUUUUACUUUCAAAGACAAUAAUCUCACUCCUUCUCCCGACACCCCUUCAUCCGAUACCUUCAUCCUUAACACAAACUAUAAGGAGCUUUUGUAAACAAUAUGGCGGCUGGACCAGAAUGGCUGUUGCAGGAUUACCAGGAAACAUAGUCCAGGCAGUAUUGCAAGCCUCUGAUAUAUUCGUAGCUAUGAUGAGGAGACAAACCACUCUAACUCACAUUGCUCAGGCAACCAGGACAGUACUGAGUAGCAGCAGUGCCGUGAGUCAAAUGAUACAUGACUGGUGUCACCUUGAUAUCGAUAGUAUGACUCACCAGGCAAUGUUCCUAUUCACAAGUCCAGAAGGUGAUAUGAGUAGUGGGACACUGAAGAGGAUCCAGAGUGAGUUCAGUGAGUUGCUAGGGGAACAAGCAAGCGUGGAGGAGUACGCGGAGUGGAUCAAGGAACUAAUUGACAAGUUCGUGGUCAAGAAGAGCGACAGUGAGGAGACGUUUAAAAACCACGCCCAGAAGUUUGUAUCACAGUGGUCCUACUUCAUCUCCAGGAUUGUGAGGGAUCUCACCUUGCGGAGUGCUCCCAGUUUUGGUUCAUUUCAUCUGCUCCACAUGCUGUUCUCCGACUACGUGCUGCAUCUUGUAGAGGAGCAUCAACAAAGUGCACUGCAGGCUGAGCUGUGGGCCUCGUUAACCGGAGAAAAGUGCCAGCCCACAUUCCCCUCCGUAGCAGCUGAACACCAAACAUCAACUAACCAACACAUCCCAACAAGUCACAGUAAGGGGACGUCAUCACCACAAAACUUGGCUCCAUCCCAGCAAAACAUGAUGUCAUCACAACAAAACAUGGCGCCAUUAUGUCAAAGUAAUGGAACCUUAAUACAACCCAGAAUCAAUAAUAUCGACAAAACUUCCCUUUCUCCUGGGCACGAAACAGAAAUCUCCGUAGUUGACGAUUAUGUUGAAGUGACGUCACAACCCCUGGAGAUUGUGACGUCAUCAAAUGACGUCAUGAUGACUUCACCGGAGGAUAUGAUAAUGUCUCAUAUAAUGGGGAACCCACUCGAUGAAACAGAAGACAUCAAUAUGGAGGGGAACGCCAGUAUGCUCUCCUCGUCCCACAACAGCAUUUUCUCCCUCUCUAACGGUCUCACUAUCGGUAGAACAGCUAACAGGAACAUCAUGCUGCAGAACACUUCCUCUGAUAUCCUGACUACUCAAGAUAUCAUCCUAAACGAGGGAGACACCCUCUCUGAGAACUUGAUGGAGGAAAUAUUGAAGUGCGUGUCCAAUAGCAAUAUUUGAGUUUCUGAUUUAUGAUGAACUAAAAGUUUGGGUGGUGUGUAGAUAGCUUUGGGUGAUUUGUACAGAUUUUUAAUUUUCCAUCUGUUUUCAGAUUAUUUAUGAGUUUACAGUUGAUCGGUCAACCAUUUCAGAAGAAUUAUCUUAAUUUAGUGAUCGUGUUUAAUACAGAAUGAUUUUGUACAGAUUUCUAUUGAGACUUUGUGAAUUUUAAUGAUGACUC